AUGGCUCCCAAACAAAAGGCUCAGAAGAUGUCUAUGAGCAGCUUCUUGGCCGAUGAAAGCCUUGGCUCUUGGGCUGAUGAAAUGGAGGAUAUGCCCCUUCCAGCUACUCAACCCUUGACCUCAUCCUUCCAGCGUCGCCCCACAGGUGAUAUGGGAUACGGCUCCGGCCCUCCCGGCGGAUUCGAGCGCCAAGGUGGAUAUGCCGUCCGAGAGCCUCUCGAUCUCCCUACCAAGCCCCCUUACACUUGCCACGUUGGCAACCUUUCUUUCGAGGCUACCGAGGCCGAUAUCUCCGAGCUUUUCACUGGAUGUGGUGUGACAAAUGUCCGCGUUGUGGAAGACAAGUUGACCAAGGCCCCCAAGGGCUUCGGAUAUGUGGAGUUUGAGACCGUCGAGGGCCUGAAGAAGGCUUUGGACCUGUCCGGCUCUUCUCUCCAGGGACGGUCGAUCCGUACCAGCGUCGCAGAGCCUCCCAAGGAAUCUCGUAUGGAAGGCAAAGACCUUGACUGGUCUCGCCGUGGCCCCCUCCCCGAGAUCCCCGAGCGCCGUGUGCCAGACCGUUCCAGCUUUGGACGUGGCAUGGAUCCCGCCUCCGAUGCCAACAGCGACCACGGUGGCCGCCGCAGCAACUUCGAGUCCGAUGGAAAGCCCCGCGACUUCAACAACUGGGAGCGCAAAGGACCUCUCUCGCCAUCUGCUGGCGCUCCCCGCGAGGGUGGCCGCCCCACUAGCAACGAUGGACCCGGCUCCAGUUUCCGGAGGAACGAGGCCGCCUGGGGCGAGGGCCGAUCCCAAGAUGAGGGCUCUCGCCCUCCCCGCCCCGAGCACGUUCGCCCGGAGCCCACCCCCACUGCCGCUGAUAUGGAUAACCAGUGGCGCGCACGGAUGCGCCCCGAUGAAGCCCCCAAGGAACAGCCCGCCAGCCCCGCUUCCCCCUCGGCCACUCCCGCCGCACCCGCUGCCCCCGCUGGCCGCCCCAAGUUGAACUUGUCCAAGCGUACCGUUUCAGAGAACACCGCUACCCCCACCUCAACCGGUGACUCCAAGGCUAGCCCCUUCGGUGCCGCUCGUCCCAUCGACACUGCUACCCGUGAGCGUCAGGUGGAGGAGAAGCGCCAGCUUAGCUUGCGCCAAAAGCAGGAGGCUGCUGAGAAGGCCAAGGCCGAGAAGGCCGAGAAGCACGCUGAGAAGCAAAAGCAGCUCAAGGAAAACGCACCUCCUGUGGAUCACAACGGCAAGGAUGCUCUUGAGACCCCCAAGGGUGGUGGCAACUUCGAGAUCCUCCAGCGCACCGGCGAGGAGAGCGACAUGACUGCCGACAAGGAGACCGAGGAGACGGCGGCAGCCCCCGCCGAGGCACAGAAGGAGACUGCCAACGGCAACUGGAGAGCCCCGGCUACCGAGGCUCCUGCUGCUGCUGGCGAUGAUGACGAGGGUUGGAGCACGGUCAGCGUGAAGCCGCGUAACAACCGUCGUGGACAGACCGGUCGUGGAUUCGCAUAA